UAAAGACAUGAAAUCAACAUAAACAAACAAUAAAAAAAUUGAGCAGAAAAAUUUAUAACAAGCAAUGCAACGUCCGUGGCCUUGGAUUAGUGUAAAGUCGUAUGGUGAACCGCUGGGAGUGGUUCAUGUGAAGAGAUUGACGGGUCGUAGAAAAAAUCAUCGAAAUAAAAAAUCAACCUGGACAAUAUCAGUGAUAAUCCCGAGACACCCCUGAGGACCAAUGAUUUAAUAAGUGGCAACAGCAUCCGUCACUAUUAUUCAGUCACAGAUAAGUUAUCACAACGUGGUAAUUCGCCACGAAAAAUGUUGGACAUAUUCCGCGGCCUCAAGAGCCUGAUAAAGAUCUCACACAUACACAUUGACACACCUGUUUUCCGGCUGCAUUACAGUUUGACGGUUAUUUUGUUGAUUGCUUUCUCACUCAUUGUCACGACGAGACAGUACGUCGGCAAUCCGAUUGAUUGCAUUCACAGCAAGGAUUUACCGGAGGAUGUUCUGAAUACUUACUGCUGGAUUCACAGCACUUACACGAUAAGAUCGGCUUACAAGAAGAAGGAGGGCUCCGAGGUGCCAUUUCCAGGUGUUGCUAAUUCAAAAUUGUAUCCGGAGAGCGAGAGGAAGGAGUACAGAUACUAUCAGUGGGUGUGCUUCAUGCUAUUUCUGCAGGUCCAGAGGGCAUCAGAGGAUACCUUCAUAUUUCGCCUUCACUAUCGCGCAACAGUGGCAUUUUUACUCGCGGGCUGUCUGACCCUAGCAUGCAAGAGUAUAUCGGGCUCACCAAUUCACUGCGAGAGCUCCGGCGCUGUCGACAAGGAAGUCCUCGAGACUUUCUGCUGGCUGCACACGACAUACAGCAUGAUCAAUGCAUUCAAUGUGACGAUUGGACGCGCUGUGCCAUACCCUGGUGUUACAAACAGCAAAACCGAUGUUCAUGUUCACGAUCAUCAUCCUCUGGUCAAGCAGCACAAGUAUUAUCAGUGGGUGAUUUUCGCUCUGCUGCUUCAAGCAAUACUGUUUUAUACACCAAGAUGGUUGUGGAAGGGCUGGGAGGGCGGCAAGAUUCACGCCCUGAUGAUGGACCUCGACAUCGGUCUUUGCUCCGAGGUCGAGAAGAAGCAGAAGAAGAAAAUGCUUCUCGAUUAUCUGUGGGAAAAUCUACGCUACCACAACUGGUGGGCCUACAGAUAUUAUCUCUGCGAAGUGCUUGCCUUGCUGAACGUCGUCGGUCAGAUGUUCCUCAUGAAUCGCUUUUUCGACGGUGCAUUUCUCACAUUUGGCAUCGAUGUACUGAGGUUCAUAGAGUCGGAUCAGGAGGAUCGUGUCGAUCCCAUGAUCUAUGUUUUUCCAAGGAUGACCAAGUGUACUUUUUACAAGUACGGAGUCAGUGGAGAGGUGGAGAGACACGACGCUGUUUGCAUACUUCCGUUGAAUGUUGUCAACGAGAAGAUUUAUGUGUUCCUGUGGUUCUGGUUCCUAUUUCUUGGGAUUCUCAGUCUUGUGACUGUUUUGUACAGAAUUGUCAUAAUAUUUUCCCCUCGCACCAGAGUAUACCUCCUCCGCCUGCGGUUUCGUCUCGUCCGCAGGGACGCAGUGGAAACGAUAGUCCGUCGAAGCAAAGUUGGGGACUGGUUUCUCCUCUACAUGCUCGGCGAAAAUUUGGACACUGUCAUCUACCGAGAUGUGAUGCACGAAUUGGCGAACAAAUUGGCUACGAGGCAUCAACACGGUGUGCCCGGUACAAAAGGAGACCUGCAAGAGGCCUGAUGCAGCCGCCUCCGCCUUCCUCCUUGAAUUUCCACACGAAACCAUCACCAGUAUCAUGCACAUCCCCGAGAUGAUAAUGAAUGAACUAG